AUGUCAAAGCUCGCUAAACCUUUGCUUUUCCUAAACUUAUGCUGCGAAACCAUAUUCGUUAUCGAGCAGAGGCUCAAGGCUACAGGCGUUUCAGCAGAUAAUCAGGCUAAGGUGUUAAGCGAAAUGGUUGCAUACGUAUUCGGAGGAAAGAGCGCAGCAUCCAUACUCCAGCCUGACUUCCAAAAGGAAACACGGGAAGUGGUUGUUGCCAUGUGCAACUGCAGCAUUAUGAAGCUUGACGGCUCAAGCAUGGACAAGCUAUUCGACCUGGCGGUGAUGAUGGUCAAAUACAAAAUCAUGUGCUCCAAGACACUGGAGCAGAUUGUGGAGAUUUCCCUGUUGCAUCUUGAUCAGGUCGAGGACAUCAUCCGUAGGCAUGUAGCAGGAGGCGGAGGAGCCGCGGCGGCGGAUGUCGCCUCCACUCGGCGGCAAGUAAAGAGCAUGUACGACAAACUGGGGCCGGGGGAGCUUCACCGGAUACGACAGGUGCUCCUGGCGGAGCUGCAAGGCCAGCGCGUCAAGAUCAGUCUCCUGCUGUCGGCCAAUAUCCAAAACACUGAUGCAACCUUUAAGCUUCCCAUGCCGUACAGCGCGCGCCUUGGCGUCGUGUCAGUGUACGACAUGGUGUCUGGGAAAAAUGAGAGCCAGACCAAUCUGCCAGUGCACGAUGCCCUGUCUCGUCCGUACGACUUCUACGACUACAGCGCCCCGCUUGGCAGUAAUAUGUUCGCGGCUCCACCCCAGAAAUCAGAAUCCAAACAUACAGACGCACACAUACUGGAGAGCAGCUUCUCUGUUGCCUUUCUGGAAUUGAUACACGGGGGAGGGGAAUGGAUAAAGAGGGAUUGA